GACGCGAUAGCUUUACUUUGGAUGAUCUACAUGAGAAUGCAUUCUAUCGAGCAAAUAGAACUUUAAAAUCAGAAAACAUAUCUUUCAAGAAUGUUAAUUACCUUAGCAGAAAAGGUUUUUAUGAUAAAACUAAAUGCAUUAGGUCACCUAAUAGCAGUAAAUGUAAUAGUGUUAGCGGAAAAAGAAAAGAUCAAAUUUAUGUACAGAACGAUGAAACUCGAGAAGGUUGCAAUAAUCUGAAAAAUCUGUUCAUGAUAGUUGAAAUGAUUGCAAAUAAUUUAGAUUAUAAACGUGUUGCAGAAUUUUUUGACCGUUAUAUCGAAAGUAGAAAUUCUACUACUUAUAAAUGUUAUUUGAAAGAUAUUAAAGCAUAUGGUUUUGAUUAUAUCAUUCUCAUCGGAGAUUAUUACACUGGAUUUCUUUUUCUGGAUUGCUACGGUCGUGUAUUUGAAUGGAAAGACUUAAUAAGUGUUUUAUGA